UGCUCCUUACCCCAGACAGCUUACAAAGCUCCAGUUUUUAUAAUCACGAAACCCCGCGGGCUUCCCAUUGCCUAUCCUAUGCCUAUGUGCGCACCACCUCCUCCCCUCCCAUCCUUACGUGUGCUCUAAUCACAUGAGGGUGCACGCAUCCAGGCACCCCGCUCUGGAUAGCCUCAAGCGCACUACUCCCUCCCUUCCCCUUCGCUGUAUUUUUCUUGUACUUCAUUUUCCACCGUUUGUUUCUCUCUGCACUUGAACAGAAAAAAUAAAACUUAAAAAAAGCUCCGUCCCCUCUCCUUCUCUCUCUCUCUUUCCUUCCAAAUCUAAAACCGUUCGUGCCCUCGGUUUGCCUUUGGUUAUAUCGAUAUUAAAAGGCAAACCAACGAUACGUUUUCUUGAUCUAGCUUUUGUUCCUUCUUUCACUGAUAUCAUUCUUUCAAGCUUCUCUUUUUUUCAGAGCUUGCAUCUGGAUUCUAGGAUUCUUUGAUUUGGAGGAGGUUGUACGGAAUGGGCGAAUAGUUUGGAGAGAGUUAAGGGAGUUAACACGUGCGGGCCGGCGAGGAAGAGAAAAAGUGAAAGAAAGAUAGUGAUCUCGUGAGGCCCGUGAGAGAAAAUGCCUCACCGGACGACUUACUUCUUCCCUAGGCAAUUUCCCGAUCGUGGGUUCGAUGCAUCCUCCAAACAACUAUUGGAUCACGAGAACAAAGUCGCCAAGGAAGUAACAUCGACAACAGCUGGAGCCACAACCACAACACCGACAGCAGCAAGCACCUUCAACCCUGUUACUGAAAAUGACCGUAAUAAGUCAAUCUCAAGGACACCUCUGAAAGACUUCACAGCUCCAGCUGCCAAGACCAACAACUCUCCCCUAUCAGAUCUUUUCACGGACGAAAAGCUUCACAGCAAAAAGCUACAGCUCGCCGCUUUCCGCGAUUGGUUCGUCGAGAGAAAGGCUACUACUGAUAGAUCACGUCACGUGAAACCAUCCUCUCGACGUCUCUCUUCGACUACUGACGAAGAUCGCGAGUUGUUAUUACCUCCGGAGCCAGCACCGCCCCCUUCACCGCCUCCUCCUCCUCUCCCUCUUGCUCCGGAAACCACCAUCGUCAUCAAUGACCGCAGCGUUGACCGCAACUUUGACCGCCAGGUGUCGCUGCCGAGGUUCUCAAGCGGUAGUAGUUAUGCAGGGAGUUUGUUUUCUGGCACGACAUUGGAUGGCAACUUGUCGAGUGAGGUUAAAGAUACAUGGACUAAGGACACGUCCUCGUCGUUGCCUGUGCCGGCGACACGGGAAGUCGUGGAACCGGAACCUGAGGCAGAGGAGAGUAAAGAUAGCUUGGCGCUCAAGUCAAGGGAGAGUUAUUAUUUACAGCUUAUGUUGGCUAGGAGACUUACUUCUCAAGCAAGUAUCCUCAGUGAACCCUUGCUUUUACAAGACUAUUGUGGAGCUGAUGUCGUUGAUGCCGAGACCGUUUCUUAUCGUCUAUGGGUUAGUGGCUGUUUAUCUUACAGUGAUAAGAUAUCGGAUGGGUUUUAUAAUAUUCUUGGGAUGAACCCGUAUCUAUGGGUGAUGUGUAAUGAGUUUGAAGAAGGAAGACGCUUGCCACCUUUGAUGUCUCUCAGAGAAAUUGAGCCCAACACGACAUCCAUGGAGGUUGUUCUUGUGGAUAGACGUGGGGACACACGCCUCAAGGAGCUUGAGGAUAAAGCGCAGGAGUUAUAUUGUGCUUCAGAAAGUACCUUAGUGUUGGUGGAGAAACUUGGACAGCUUGUUGCUAUAUACAUGGGGGGAACUUUUCCAGUGGAGCAAGGGGAUCUUCACAAACGCUGGAAAAUGGUGAGUAGGAGAUUGAAGGAUUUGCAGAAGUGUAUCGUGCUCCCUAUUGGCAGCCUAUCCAUGGGACUUUGCAGGCAUCGUGCAAUUCUGUUUAAGAAAUUGGCAGAUUAUAUAGGUUUGCCAUGUAGGAUUGCUCGAGGAUGCAAAUAUUGUGCAGCAGAUCAUCGUUCUUCUUGCCUCGUCAAAAUUGAAGAUGACCGGCAGUCAUCAAGGGAAUAUGUAGUUGAUCUAGUUGGGGAGCCAGGAAAUAUCCAUGGUCCAGAUUCCUCUAUCAAUGGAGGAUUCCUUUCUUCAAUGCCUUCACCCUUCCAAAUUUCUCAUCUAAAAGAAUUCCAUCAACCUUACAUGGAUAAUGCAUCAUAUUGUCAGACUGAAGACUCAAAGAAUUCAUGUUCUCCUUUUGAGAAUCCUCUACAUUCUGGUGGCAUUGAAAAAUGUCAAAAGUUGAAGGACAAUGGUUUGCUUGAAAAUCAAAAGGUGUCUCAAUAUGCACCAAUUGAUGAAGAUCAUCUUGGAAAGGAAUCAUCUUUGAUGCCUUUUGAAACUGCUGCUGUUGCAACAAUGCAUGAAAAUUCUAGGCUCGGCGUAGACAAAGUCACCAUGGAACGAAAUCUUAGAAAAGAGCUGUUUGUACCUGGAAGCCCAGUGGUAAAAAGUGUGAACCAAUUGAAAGUCAACUUGCCUAGUCAGUCAGAUCUGGAGGAGAUAGGGCCUGAACUUGAUAAUCUGGGCAGAUUCUCUGCUGUGACAAUCCCAAGGUAUCUAAAUCUUGAGCCUUCUCUUGCAAUGGAUUGGCUUGAGAUCUCAUGGGAUGAAUUGCAUAUUAAGGAGCGCGUUGGUGCUGGCUCAUUUGGAACAGUUCAUCGUGCUGAGUGGCAUGGAUCGGAUGUUGCAGUCAAAGUCUUGACUGUCCAAGAUUUUCAUGAUGAUCAGUUGAAGGAGUUUUUGAGAGAGGUUGCUAUAAUGAAACGUGUCCGACAUCCAAAUGUGGUCCUCUUCAUGGGUGCUGUUACGAAGAGGCCUCAUCUGUCAAUUGUGACAGAGUAUCUUCCAAGGGGUAGUCUAUACCGCCUCAUUCAUAGGCCAGCUGCGGGGGAAACACUCGAUCAGAGGAGGCGUUUACGCAUGGCAUUGGAUGUGGCCAAGGGGAUCAACUAUCUUCAUUGCCUUAAUCCUCCCAUAGUUCACUGGGACCUUAAAUCACCCAACCUGUUGGUUGAUAAGAAUUGGACAGUAAAGGUGUGUGAUUUUGGAUUGUCCAGAUUCAAAGCCGACACUUUUAUAUCAUCAAAAUCUGUUGCAGGAACACCUGAGUGGAUGGCUCCAGAAUUCCUUCGUGGAGAGCCUUCAAAUGAGAAAUCUGAUGUCUACAGUUUUGGAGUAAUCCUGUGGGAACUCGUAACCAUGCAACAACCUUGGAGUGGACUCAGUCCUGCGCAGGUGGUCGGUGCUGUAGCUUUCCAGAACAGAAGGCUUGCCAUUCCUCCUAAUACCUCCCCAAAGUUGGCUUCCCUCAUGGAAUCUUGUUGGGCCGAGUGAGUAUGCUUAGUCCUAUAAAUUAGUCACUGCACUCCCAUUUAUAUGAUGAUUACUUAAGUUGGGGAAAUGUCUAAACUACGUGUUGUGUGUAUGCAUUAGCUUUAGAAAAAAAAAAAA